AUGGCUAAUAAAUUCUUCAGUUUCUUAUUCUCCAAGCAAUCUUUGAGAUAUGUUUGCACUACACAUUUCUGGGGACCAGUGUCAAAUUUUGGUAUUCCGGUCGCCGCUUUGUUAGAUUUGAAGAAAGACCCGGAAUUAAUAUCAGGACCAAUGACAGGAAGUUUAAUUGUUUACUCAUUGGUAUUUAUGAGAUACUCAAUGGCUGUGACUCCUCAAAACUACUUAUUGUUUGGCUGUCACUUUGUUAACGAAUUGGCUCAGUUAGCACAAGGUUUCAGGUGGAGUAAGCAUCACUUCGAUGCUCCAAAGAAGAUCGAAGAAGCUGCAUCUAGUUAA